AUGGCUUCCAGAUUAGAGGAAGAUUUCUGCUGUUCUGUCUGCAAUGAAGUCUUUAAAGAUCCUGUCAUCUUGUCAUGCAGCCACAGCUUCUGUAAGGACUGUCUGCAGAGCUGGUGGACGGAUAAACACAUACAAGUGUGUCCAGUUUGUAAGAGAAGACAUUCGUGGGACAGACUACCUCCAAACUUUGCUUUAAAGAAGCUGUGUGAAAGUUUCUUACAGGAGAGAGAUCAGAAAUCUUCAGAGGCUCUCUGCAGUCUGCACUCUGAGAAACUCAAACUCUUCUGUCUGGAUCAUCAGCAGCCAGUGUGCCUCGUCUGCAGAGAUUCAGAAAAACACACCAACCACAGAUUCAGUCCUAUCGAUGAAGCUGCACGACAACACAAGAAAAAGCUUCAGGAAACUCUUGAGCCUUUAAAGGAGAAGAUAGAGCUUUGGGAACAAGUUAAAAAGGAGUUUGAUCAAACAGCAGAACACAUUCAGUUCCAGGCCCGACACACAGAGAGGCAGAUUAAGGAGCAGUUCAAGAAGCUUCACCAGUUUCUAGAAGAGGAAGAGGAGGCCAGGAUGGCUGCACUGAGGGAGGAAGAGGAGCAGAAGAGUCAGAUGAUGAAGGAGAAGAUGGAGGAUCUGAGCAGAGAGAUAGCAGCUCUUUCAGACACAGUCAGAGCCACAGAGGAGCAGCUGAGAGCUGAACACGUCUCAUUCCUACAGAACUACAAGGCUGCAGUGGAAAGAGUCCAGCAGCGCCUCCUGCUGGAGGAUCCACAGCUGCCCUCAGGAGCUCUGAUAGACGAGGCCAAACACCUGGGCAACCUGACCUUCAACAUCUGGAACAAGAUGAAGGAGAUGGUCUCCUACAGUCCUGUCAUUCUGGACCCAAACACUGCUUAUGCAGAACUCAUCCUGUCUGAAGAUCUGACCAGUAUGAAAGCUGGAGAAAAUAAACUGCAGUUUCCUGAUAAUCCAGAGCGGUUUGAUUACUUCCGGACUGUCCUGGGCUCUGAGGGCUUUAAAUCAGGGGCUCACAGUUGGGAUGUCCAGGUUGGAGACAGUACUCGCUGGUUACUGGGUGUGUUUGCGGAGUCUGCCCAGAGGAAGGGAAAUAUAAUGUCGUGUCAAAAUGGACUUUGGGGAUUAUGGUUCAUUCCCGCUGAAUGCAAUGCAGUCUCCCCAUCACAUCCAGACUCUGUUAUCAGACUGCAGAGGAAGUUCCAGAGGAUCAGAGUGAAUCUGGACUGGAACAAAGGAAAGCUGUCGUUCUCUGAUCCUGAUACUAACACACACAUACACACCUUCACACACACUUUCACUGAGAGGAUGUUUCCAUUCAUUAACACUCUGUAUGAACUCCCACUGAAGAUUUUACCAGUGAAGGUGUCUGUGACUGUAGAACAAGGAUGA